CUGAUUCUUCAGUUCAGUGUUGUUUGGAUGACGUGGAGCAGCAGAAGUCUGUGGGUUUGUAGACUGACUCUCACACGGAACUAGACAGGAUCGAAUCCCCUCUUUUGAUACUAGAAGUGUUAAAAUAAAUGAGUGUUUAAGCGGAAUUGCUCCUGUGCAUGCUUAUAUCUCUGGAUCAGGGAAAAUGCAAAAAAGCUUGUCCGUCUCUGACAGUGAUGGUUUUUCAUUUGUUCCCUUGGUGGCGCUGGAGCUGGCCAAGAACACUGAAUCAGAGGCCAUCACAUGGUUAUUAGGCAGAAUAAGAGACAAACAGCAAUAUGGAGGAGCUGAGCUGCUGGUGGAGCAGCUGCCACUUGGAGGACAGGAUAAUCAAAAAGUAAAUCCUAAUGUUUUUCUUGUGGGCUCCACCUGGCAGAGACUCCUGCAUGGAGCAGAAGCUUUGGGACUGUUUAAGGAGUUCCAUGAUGGUACCAUGCGAGGAUUCACUAACGCCAACCAAGAGAAUUUCAAAGAAUUCCAAGGGGAUGGUGAUGGCUUCCUCAGCAUUGCAGAAUGUCAGUUCAUUAUCAAACAUGAGCUGGACACUUUGAGGGCAAAGGAUGAAACCCAUAUUCCUGGAUACCCUAAACUUCAGCUGUAUCCUGGAAAGUCAGUCAUCCGUAGGUUACAGUCUAAAGGAAUUCUAGUCCAGUAUUUCCCUCUCCAUGAUAAAGAGGAGUUAAAGAGGCUCUCUUCAAAUUGGUACAAAAAGAUCAAGCUGUCUUUUCAGCCACUGAAUGAUAUCAGGCAUUACUUUGGUGAAGGUUUGGCACUCUACUUUGGUUUUCUUGAGUAUUUCACAUUUGCUUUGGUGCCCAUGGCCCUGAUCGGCAUCCCCUAUUACCUCUUUGAUUGGGAGGACUAUGAUAAAUAUGUUCUGUUCGCUGUCUUCAACUUGAUAUGGUCCACUGUCUUCCUGGAGGUGUGGAAAAGAUGUAGUGCACAGCUGGCUUAUGGAUGGGGAACGCUGAGUCGUAAGAAAGCAUUUGAAGAACCACGACCGGGAUUUCAUGGUGUUCUGGGCUUUAAUCCUGUAACAGGCCGUGAGGAGCCAACCUACUCUAACACCAAACGGCAGUUGAGGAUAUAUCUUGUGUCUGUCCCCUUUGUGUUGCUGUGCCUGUACAUCGCUCUCCAUGUCAUGAUGAUCUACUUUCGCAUGGAGACUUGGGCACUGAGUAUUUAUAAUGAAGAUCCAAACUUCCUAACAAGUGUGCUGCUGUUCAUACCAAGUAUCAUCUAUGCAGUGGUCAUUGAGCUCAUGAACCUGUUAUACCGCUAUGCAGCUGAGUUUCUCACAGACUGGGAAAACCACAGACUAGAAUCAUCCUACCAGAAUCACCUGGUUCUUAAAGUGUUAGUGUUCAACUUCAUCAACUGUUUUGCUUCUUUAUUCUACAUUGCCUUUGUAAUGCAAGAUAUGGUGUUGCUUCGACACAGUCUUGCCACUCUGCUCAUCACUUCUCAAAUCCUGAACCAAGUGAUGGAAGCCUUCCUGCCGUACUGUCUGCAGAGGAGACGUAAUAAGAAGGUCCAUAAGAGAGUGAGGAGGGUGAUGGGAGAUCAGGAGCUCCCCAUGGUGGAGCAGGUCCAUCUGGAGAAGGACAUGAAUACUUACCUGGGCACGUUUGAUGACUAUCUGGAGCAGUUUUUACUGUUUGGCUACGUCAGUCUGUUCUCCUGCGUGUAUCCUCUGGCUGCUAUGCUGGUGGUGCUCAACAACGUCACAGAAGUUUAUUCAGACGCCUUUAAAAUGUGUCGCGUGUUCAAGCGGCCAUUUUCUGAGCCUGCAUCUGACAUCGGAGUGUGGCAGCUGGCAUUCGAGACGAUGAGCAUUAUUGCCGUGGUCACCAACUGUGCCUUGAUUGGUCUGUCUCCUCAAGUGCAGGCCUACUUCCCUGAGGCAGACACACAGCUCAUCCUUACUGUAGUGGCUGUUGAGCAUGUCCUCCUGGCCUUCAAGUUUAUUCUGGCUUUCGUUAUUCCAGACGUACCCAAACACAUUCAGAUCAAGCUUGCCAAGCUGGAGUUUGAGUCUCUGGAAGCUCUGAAGAAAAAGAAAAUGCUGGAGGCAGCAGAGAUACCAAAGACCAAUAAGUAACGAGGAGCAAUGAGGCCAACAGUGGCACAGUUUCUGAUGAUGCGGAUCUGAACCUGCCUCAGGUGUUUACAUACAGUAUAUCCAAUCAAGCAUUACACAUCACCUACUGCAAACACACCCUCCUGAAAACGUUCUUCACAAACACUGCUGAACUCAAGCGCAAGCUGUAAUUCAAUUACUGCAUGUUGGCUAGAACAUCAUUUGGAGCUUUUAAUUAAGAUUUUAAUUGUUUUAUAAGAUAUUCAACUUCAUAAAGUCAGGAAGUACCCAUUGGCCUCUAAUUGUAGUAACUGUGGAAUUUGGUUAUGGAAAUUUAUAAACAGUUGUUUGCCGAGGCUGUUAUUAUCUGUAUGCUGUACUAACUGACCAGGAAUUGCACUUUAGUCUAAACAGUUGUGUACUUGUGCCUGGGCCACGACAAGACUCCAAAAAUGACUUUUUUUUUUUGUCUUGGAUUAUGAUUUCUCUCUGAAUGUAACUUCAGAUCAAGUAAAACAUGAGGGAUAACAGUUCUGUCGUUGGUUAUCUGUAUUUCACGUAUGACCUCAAGAUUGUGUUUCUCCUCAAAAGUACAGGAUGUUGAAUCAUGAAAAGUUUUGAGCAAAUUGAAAACCUUUGCGAUGGUCUGGUCGGGUAAACCGGCCUGAUUUUUAUGCCCGUCGUGACGCAGGUGUGAGUAUUUUUGACCUGCACACAACAGGGUAAAGGAUGUUUUUGCUUUUUCUAAGCGGUAUGUGUAUUUAUUCUCCCAUACACUCCUGUUUAACCAAAGACUGAGCAGUGCCUUUAAUCACCAUUAUAUCAAAGCCUCCUGUUACUGUUUGUGUGCGUGCACUGUACUUGAAGUCAAAUUAAAAUAAACGCCUAAACUAUUACAGUGAUAA